AAAUGUGAUGACCAGCUGGUCGCACCUCUACCCCAUUCGUCUUUCUCCAGUUCAUCAUCUAUGACCAGUAGCUAUACUCCUGGUUAUGCAAAGCUGAACAGAAGAGAAGGUGCUGGAGGCUGGUCACCCCUAGACAGUGACAACUACCAGUGGUUGCAACUGGAUCUUGGGAACAGAAAGCAAGUCACAGCUAUAGCAACCCAGGGGAGGUACAGCAGUUCUGACUGGGUAACUCAGUACAGACUACUUUACAGUGACACUGGAAGAAACUGGAAACCUUACCAUCAGGAUGGGAACAUAUGGUCAUUUGCUGGUAAUACCAACUCUGACAGUGUAGUUCGCCAUGAAUUACAGCAUACAAUCAUUACUCGCUACUUACGCAUUGUGCCUUUGGACUGGAGUAAUGAGGGACAUAUUGGUCUGAGGAUUGAAAUCUUUGGCUGUCCAUACUGGGCUGACGUUAUCAAUUUUGAUGGCCACGGUGUGUUAUCAUACAGAUUUAAGAACAAGAAGAUGAAAACAUUGAAAGAUGUCAUCACUCUGAAGUUUAAAACAUCUGCAAGUGAAGGCAUAAUCUUUCAUGGAGAAGGGCAACAGGGAGAUUACCUCACACUGGAGUUACAGGAAGGAAGGCUUGUCCUUCAGCUGAAUUUAGGAAGCAAUCAGUAUGGUUCCAUCUCAGGGCAUACAUCUGUCACUGCUGGAAGUUUACUAGAUGAUCACCACUGGCAUUCUGUCAUAAUUGAGAGAUAUGGCCGUAACAUCAAUCUGACUUUGGAUCGACAGUUUCAGCACUUACGCACCAAUGGGGAAUUUGAUCAUCUGGACUUAGAUUACGAGCUGACUUUUGGAGGCAUGCCCUUUUCUGGGAAGCCAAGUUCUAACAUCAGAAAGAAUUUCAAAGGCUGUAUGGAAAGCAUUAACUACAAUGGAGUUAAUAUCACUGACCUUGCCAAAAGGAAGAAGCUUGGAACUUCUAAUGUGGGAAACGUCAGUUUCUCCUGUGUAGAAACCCAUGCAGUACCUGUCUUCUUCAACAUCUCCAGUUUCUUACAGUUACCCGGGCGCAUAAAUCAGGAUAUAUUAUCAGUCAGUUUACAGUUUCGAACAUGGAACCCUAGUGGCCUACUUCUUUAUAGCAGUUUGGCAGAAGGUCUGGGAAAAGUGGAAAUUGACUUAUCUGAGGGUAAAGUUAGUGUUCAUAUUUGGACCAGUAUGACUCCAGAGAAAAAUCGAAUUGACAUUUCAUCUGGCUCUGGACUUAAUGAUGGUCAGUGGCAUUCUGUCUGGUUCUCUGCAAAAGAAAAUUUUGCCAGUCUUACCAUCGAUGCUGAUGAAGCCUCAUCUGUCCGUAGCAGUAGCCCCCUCAGGAUCAGGACUGGAGAAGAUUACUUCUUUGGGGGCUUCUUCAACACCUCAGUUCACACACCACUGCAGCCCCCCUUCCAAGGAUGUCUGCAGCUCAUUCAUGUGGAUGACCAGCUCAGUGACUUACAUGCUGUGGAAGAAGGCAAGCUGGGAAGAUUUGCAAACAUCAGCAUUGACAUGUGUGCAAUUGUAGACAGAUGUGUGCCCAAUCACUGUGAACAUGGUGGCAAGUGUACUCAGACAUGGGACACCUUCCGAUGCAGCUGCGAUGGGACAGGAUACUCUGGUGCUACCUGCCACAACUCUGUUUAUGAAGAGUCGUGUGAAGCAUAUAAGCACCUUGGAAAAUUGUCAGACUUUUACUGGAUAGAUCCUGAUGGCAGUGGACCACUUGGGCCCCUCAGAGUUUACUGCAAUAUGACUGAGGACAAAGUCUGGACCAUAGUGUCCCAUGAUUUGCAGCAGCAGUCUCCAGUGCUGAGUUCAGGUCCGCAGAAGCGCUUUGCAUUACUUCUGAAUUACAGUGCCUCCAUGGAUCAGAUUUCUGCCAUUGCUGAGAGUGCUGAGUACUGUGAACAGUACAUUUCAUAUGCCUGUAGGAUGUCAAAGCUCCUUAAUACUCCAGAUGGCAGUCCCUAUACAUGGUGGAUAGGAAGAGCUAAUGAGAAGCAUUACUACUGGGGAGGGUCUGGACCCGGGAUUCAGAAAUGUGCCUGUGGGAUCGAACGAAACUGCACGGAUCCUAAGUAUCAGUGCAACUGUGAUGCUGACCACAAGCAAUGGAGAAAAGACUCGGGAAUUCUGUCAUAUAAAGAGCAUUUGCCAGUGGCUCAGUUGAUGAUUGGAGAUAUAGAUCGGCCUGGAUCAGAAGCAAAAGUGUAUGUUGGACCACUUCGUUGCCAAGGAGAUGGAAAUUACUGGAAUGCAGCUUCAUUCAACACUCCUGCCUAUCUUCACUUCUCAACAUUCCAUGGAGAGACCACUGCUGACAUUUCAUUUUACUUUAAGACCUCAGCCCCAUACGGAGUAUUUUUAGAGAAUCUGGGGAACACAGACUUCAUCAGACUGGAGCUGAAAUCUCCUAUGGAAGUAUCUUUUUCCUUUGAUGUUGGAAAUGGACCAGUGGAACUUGUUGUGAGGUCAGCAGCCCUACUAAAUGAUGACCAGUGGCACCGUGUUAGAGCUGAGAGGAAUGUGAAAGAAGCUAGCCUGCAAGUAGACCUUCUGCGUCCACAAGUCAAGAAAGCUCCAUCACAGGGACACACUAGACUGGAACUCUACAGUCAGCUAUAUGUUGGUGCAGCAGGUGGUCAUAAGGGGUUUCUUGGGUGUAUUCGAUCACUGAGAAUGAAUGGCGUACCUCUUGACCUAAGAGAAAGAGCUAAGAUUACACCAGGGGUUGAACCCGGCUGCUCUGGGCAUUGCACAAGUUUUGGAAUGUAUUGUCGAAAUGGAGGAAAAUGUGUAGAGAAGUAUAACGGUUACUCAUGUGAUUGUUCCAAAACUGCUUAUGAAGGACCUUCCUGCACUGAAGAUGUUGGAGGCUUCUUUGAAGCAGGCACAUGGCUUCGAUAUAAUUUUCAGACUUCACCAAGUGGUGCUAAAGAAUUAGCCAGUGUGCAGCUAUCAUCAUCCUCUGACUUCAAUCUUACCAAGGAGAAUCUCGUUUUCAGCUUCAGUACGACCAAUGCACCCAGCAUUCUCAUAUAUAUCAGUUCCUUCACUCAAGACUACAUGGCUGUCAUACUGAAGCCGAACAAAAUUCUUCACAUUCAGUACAAUCUGGGAGGUAUAAACGAGCCAUUCACAAUUAGUGUGGACCAUCGGAAUAUGGCAAACGGACAGCCACACAGUGUCAAUAUCAGCAGGAAUGGGAGAGAAAUACUCCUCCAGGUUGAUCAUUACCCUGCAGUGAAACACUAUCUGCCACCAAAUUCUGAUAUUCGGUUUAAUUCUCUCAAGGCCCUCUUCCUGGGUAGAUUUAUGGACAUAGGAGAAAUCAGCGAAGAGAUUCGUAACUACAACACCCCCGGCUUUGUUGGCUGCUUAUCUAGAGUUCAGUUCAACCAAAUAGCUCCACUGAAGGCAGCCCUGAGACCAAGUGCUCCUUCUUUAGUCAGCGUUCAAGGAGAGCUGGUUGAGUCAAACUGCGGAGCCUCGCCUCUAACUAUCCCUCCAAUGUCUGCCACUACCGAUCACUGGCAUUUAGACUCUGCCAAUGCCAACUUUCCCUACAACGAAGGGCAAGCCCUAACAGAUGGAGUCAACAGAAAUUCUGCUAUCAUUGGAGGUGUUAUUGCGGUUGUUAUCUUCACCAUCCUUUGCACACUGGUAUUCCUGAUCCGUUACAUGUUUCGUCACAAAGGUACCUACCACACUAAUGAAGCCAAGGGGGCAGAGUCAGCUGAAAGUGCCGAUGCAGCUAUUAUGAACAAUGAUCCCAACUUUACGGAAACCAUUGAUGAGAGCAAAAAAGAGUGGCUCAUCUGACAGGACUGCAAAAAAAAACUCAGUGCUUCAGAGUCUGGCACAUCUGAGAUCAGCACAAAACUCGAGAAAAAGACAAAAGUCCAGUGACACCUACAAAUGUUAGAAAACUAAUCCAGUUAUUCAGUUUGUAAUUGAACUGUUCCUUAACAUUUCAAGGUUAGAUAUGGGAAUUCCAGGACCAGAUGAAAAACUGUCAGAUUUACUGCUUUUUUUUGUUUUGUUUUGUUUUUUGUUUGCUGUGUAUCAGAAGUACUACUGAUGCCAACUGUUCUUUUAAAAUGCCAGGUUGUGCAAAUUUCACAUGGUGUGGCAGAAGGUAAAUGCUGUAUGGUAUUUGUUUUCUAUGACAUGAAAGCCCAGCUGAAAACUGCAUUAUAAAAUGGCCCUCUCUUGAUAUGUGGAGUUUAUUAGAUCCCGCAAUACAUUUUUCACAUUCUUCUGCCUUGCAAUUCAUUAGUGUUUUACCAGCUUGUUAAUCUAAAUCAUUACAAAAUAUUUCUGCUGCUAUAAGUUUAUUUUUUUGCACUACUUUUAUACAGAUAACAGUAUAAACAUUUUGAGCAAGUACAGUGUUUGUCUUGGUCAGGUGGCUACUUUUGAGCUGUUUUUCCUUUCUGUCUUUCUGGGCUGCAAAUUUCUUACAGUGGCAUGCCCAGUUGUGCCAAAAUCAGUAGCCAUCUUACCUACUGACUUGGAAAUGUUUUUUUUUUUCAUUUCAAGUAAAUUGAUUUUUCUGUUAAAAAUUAUUAUUAGUUUUCAUGAAAUAUUAUCUGCUUUAUAGCACUAAUUUACCAAAUAAGUGAUUGUUUUAAUGGUGUUUGUCUUUCUAGUUUUACAUGACCUUCAUUUACCUUUCAUUUGUGUAUCUUCUCAACUGUAACCCAAGAUGAGUUUUAAUGUGAUUGUUAGAUGGUUUGCAAAGGGAGGUUAUGCUGUCUGCUGUACUACGCAGAAGAAUUAAACUAGUCAGUAAUGUUCUUACAGACAAUCAUUUCUUGAAAUGUUCUCCUUUGACUGAUAAACUAAAGAAAAAAAUCAUGCAGCAGAUUUUAUUUUGUUUCUAAUGCCUUUGUGAAAGAAACCGAAAACAAAACUGACUGUGUAGUUUUGCUUUGGCCUUGCAUGACUGUGAUAUCUUGGCACUAGGAUAGUUCAUGUACUUCAAACACGUGUGUUUUAUUUGUAUUUACAUAUUAGUAAGAAAACACUAUAACUUUGAACCACAUAUCCUUCUUAUCAAAUGCUCUUGAGACAUACUUCAUUAUUUAACAUAAUUUUUGUAUAUACAUCUUUCCAGUGUUACAUGUAUCUCCAAUGAUUAUGUGCAAGGACUGAAUAUUUUUUGUACUUGUGUAUUCUUUAAAGUGUCUUAUCUACUUAAGGAGUCAAAUUUAUUGAAGUGUAUGCACAGAUCACAAAGUUGGUCUGCCACUCAACACAAGCCUAGUAGCCGCAUAAUGUUUUUGAAAGAUUUUUAAGACAUAAUACUGAAAGUUGUCUUAAUUAUUAUUUUUCUUCUUGCAAAAUACCAUCAAGUAAAUAUCGUUCAAAAGGA